AUGGAGAAGGAUAUGAGUGAGAAGGAGCUCCGCAGCGAGGCCAACAACCUCCGACGAGUGGCUUUUCUCGGAAUCAGUAUCAGGUAAAUAUUAAUCGAUUUGUUUCCAAAGAUUAUGAUUUUGUAUUUUUUUUUUACGACAGUACCCUCCCGAACAGUUCAAAAACGUUUUUUUCGAGCGUACUUUUAACUAAAUUUGAUGAAUCUAGAUCAAACUUCAACAGAAAUAAAAUUUUUAACAGCUUAAUUCACGAGUCAGAAAUAAAAUUCAAACCCUUCGAAUAGAAACUCCAAGAUUCUCUAGGGUAAAACCUAUAAAAAAAAUUCGACCAGCUCCAGAGUCAAAAAAUUUGGUAACCUUUUGGAUUUUUCAAAGUCUAAAGACGAUUCCAAACUGAAAUUCAGCUCCGAACUGCAGCUUUUCCUCUUAAUCUGAAUAUUACAGUACUGUCGCCACUCUGACCUGCAUCAUCGCCAUCCCCAUGUUGUACAACUACAUGCAGCACAUCCAAACCAACCUUCAAAAUGAGGUUCAACACGACAAAAGUAAAGCCUUUAAUUUUGAAUCAAUAUUCAAGGUUGACUUCUGCCGACACCGUACCACCGGUUUAUUCGUUCAAUAUGAGAGAAUGCAGCAAGCCGCUGGAGUUCGUAGAAAGAUCCUCACGAAACGUCAAGCUGGAUACGACUUCCAGGAAGAAGGUCAGUUCUAUUGUUCCAUAGAAGAUUCUUAUAGAGCUGGAUUUCUUUGGCAAUCAGAAAAAAAUGCUUCGAAAUUCUAAAAUUUGAAAAUUUCUCUCUGAGGACCAUGUUGAACAGACUUCACUGUUCGAAUCUCAGAAUCGAAAAUUCGUGUAGACUCGGAAUUAGGAGGGCGAACUGAAGAACUACUAACUGUAGAAAAUGAGAGAAGAAAAAGUUUAAAAGUUGUGCUCAAAAUUCCUUCUUGCCUGUCACGCAAGCCUUUUCCAGCAUUCAAAAACUGAGAAGUCUGAAAUCCUUUAUUCAGGCGUGAACAGUGCACCACGAGAAUUCUCGCGCUCAGCCUCCGUCUUGGGCGGCGGCCAGUGCUGCUCGUGCAAGUCUGGAAACGCCGGCCCACCAGGACCCCCCGGAGACGACGGCCGCGACGGAAUCGACGGCAAGCCAGGAGCCAACGGUCAAACCGGCCAGGACGCUUCCGCCGACGACAGCAACCUGCCCAAGUUCUGCUUCGACUGUCCGGAGGCGCCUCAAGGACCACCAGGCUCACCUGGACCAAAGGGACAUCCUGGCCGCAACGGAAAGGACGGAAACCCAGGAGUUCCCGGCAUGCCUGGCCAGCCAGGAGAGCCAGGAGAGACGGGUCCAGCCGGUCCAGAUGGAGAUCAAGGAGAAGCUGGUCAGCCAGGAGCCCCAGGUCUUUGCGAAGAAGUGCAGGUGGCGCCGGGACCGCCAGGAAAACCAGGACCACCAGGACUUCCCGGACCCGACGGACUUCCAGGAGCUCCAGGAAAUCCAGGACAAGACGGUCUUCAGGGACCACCAGGAGACGCCGGCAACGACGGAAAGCCCGGAGAGGCCGGCCGACCGGGUCCUCCAGGACAGCCGGGAGACACCGGGGAGAGCGGCGGAUGCGAGCAUUGCCCACCACCGAGAACCGCUCCCGGCUAUUAA